AUGGCCGCCAAUGCCCGGAUGUCAAAGCUGUCCGGAAGUAAGGCAGAACAAUACAUAUUCAAUUGGCGUGUGUUCACCGGCUGGGAUUACACAAUUGGUAAUCAGGAGACGGCCAGCAAUACAGUGAUGGCAAUAGUCAUUAAGUUGAGGGAAUCUAUUGCUGAUUGCCGUGUCUCACUCGGGUCGAAUUUUCGUUGCCUACAAUUCACAUUACGAGUAAUAGCAAAUCUUGUCAUUUGUGGAAUGCUUGCAUUUUCCAUCUACUGUAUCUCAUUUGCUGUGCAAAAAUCGCAAACAGCAGUUGAACAGGAAGGGAAUUUAUUUACAAAGAAUCAGGUUCCCUCCGUUGUAGCAACCAUCACCCAUGUCUUUCCUAUGAUUUUUGAUCUUAUUGGUCGUCUGGAAAACUAUCAUCCACGAACUGCUUUGCGGGCGCAUCUUACUAGGUGCAUUAACAUAGAAAAGCAGAAAUUUUCAUGCGGUUAUCUGACCUCUAUCACGGUAUGGUCGACGGUCCUCGUAUUAUACGUCUUGAAUUAUCUUACAUUGAUAGUAGCUUUAUUUGACAAAAUGGAUGCUAUAAGAAAAAAGGAGCCUGUCGAGUCGGUAGAAAUUAGAGAGAAACGUCAAUUGGGCGGCAGAAAUCCACAUAUACCACGCCCACCACCAUAUGCUAGCAGAACAUUCGAGAAUCGUACGGAUAUGCUCCGUUUCAUAGCAAAAAGUACUCAACGGUUUGAACAAACGCGAACUACAAGGGAUGUAGCGACGACAGCAUUUACCGUUGCUCCACAAUUUGGUCCUGUAAAUGUGAAUAAUCCGAACGCAAUCCUACGAAAUGGUACCUUGAAGAAGCCUUUCGAAGCGAAACGAAUUGGACCUAAUCCGUUGCCUAUUUAUACACCUCCUCCUAGAACAUUUCCAGCACUUGAACCGGUGAGGAUGAAAGAGAAAUUUGGUGGACCCGAUUUUCCACCAGCCCCUUCCCAUACGAAGGUGACAAAACCACCAAUUCGCAUAACGAGACCACCAGCGGCGAGAAAAACAACAUCGACUGCUACUCCUACCACGAAUAAAGUGAAGUCAGAUAGCAUCAAGGCCGACCCAAGUAAUUCCGAGUCGAGCGAUGAUGAUCCGCCGGAUAAUAGGGACUUCGUUGGGGAAAUUGUCGAGGUUAAUGAGACUAUGCGUUUACCUGCUGCUGCUGAACGAAAAAGCUCAGUAGACGAGGUUUAUAACACCGAUAUCUGUUGGGAAACCAUUAUUGGCCAGGAAAUUGUCAAACUUGUCACUAUGGAUCUCAUCGUAACAAUUGUUUCCAUCAUUGUGAUUGAUUUUCUUCGUGGUUUAUGGAUCAAAUAUUGCUCUGCAUGGUGGUGUUGGGAUAUUGAGACAACUUUUCCCGAAUAUGGCGAGUUCAAAGUAGCCGAGAACAUCAAGCAAUUUCUACCUACUUAUUCUCCUCCUAUGGCUGCUACUAUGCACAUUGCCAGUUGGUUUCGUAAUCGCAUCCACGAGGCCGAACGCACAGAAGAGAAGAAAAAGAUCUUUGAACUAGCUGGAGGAGGAAAGAAGAAAGUGGAUCAGGAUAGGGAUCGUGACCAUCGCAAAAUCACCCAAUACCUACCUAUCAUCGAACAGCAAAGAAGAGAACCUUGGAGAGCUUUCAAUGAUGAGGAGCAGCUUCACGCGGAAGACUCGUCAGAAAGUGAGGAAGAGGAUCAAGAAGAGGCGCCAUCACCAACAUAUGUGCAAAGAAUGACUGCUCCUGUGCCAUCAAGCACGGCUGAAACUGUAGCUGCCAUGCAUUUCCAUCCUUCGCUGGGGUAA